ACAUUCUCUGCAGAUUAGUAAUUCUCUAUUUUAUAUGGGAGCAGAUAACCAGACUUGGGUGAGAGAAUUCAUUCUCCUCGGCCUGUCCAGUGACUGGGACACCCAGGUCACUCUCUUCGUCCUGUUCUCAGUCACUUACCUGCUGACCCUGCUGGGGAACGUCCUCAUUGUUCUUCUGAUCAGACUGGACAGCCGACUCCACACUCCCAUGUAUUUCUUUCUCACCAACCUCUCCCUUGUUGAUGUCUCCUAUGCCACAAGCAUCGUUCCUCAGAUGCUGGUGCAUUUUCUUGCGGGACAUAAAGGGAUCCCGUACGUGAGCUGUGCAGCCCAGUUAUUCUUCUCCCUGGGCCUGGGUGGGAUUGAGUUUGUUCUCCUGGCCGUGAUGGCCUAUGACCGCUAUGUGGCUGUGUGCGACCCCCUGAGAUACUCAGUCAUCUUGCACGGAGGGCUCUGUGCUAGGCUGGCCGUCACAUCCUGGGUCAGUGGCUCUGUCAACUCUCUCCUGCAGACCACCAUCACCUUUCAGUUGCCCAUGUGCACGAACAAGUAUAUUGAUCACAUAUCCUGUGAAAUCCUAGCUGUGGUCAGGCUGGCCUGUGUGGACACCUCCUCCAACGAGGUGGCCAUCAUGGUGUCUAGCAUUGUGUUGCUGAUGACACCUUUCUGCCUGGUUCUGCUGUCCUACAUCAGGAUCGUCUCCACCAUCCUAAAGAUCCAGUCCACAGAGGGGAGAAAGAAAGCCUUUCGCACCUGUGCCUCUCACCUCACAGUGGUUGUCCUGUGCUACGGCAUGACCAUUUUCACUUACAUCCAGCCCAAUUCUAGCCCUUCUGUGCUUCAGGAGAAGCUGAUCUCUGUCUUCUGUGCCAUUUUGAUGCCUGUACUGAACCCCAUGAUUUACAGUCUAAGGAAUAAGGAGGUGAAGGGGGCCUGGCAGAAGCUUCUAGGACAAUUAUCUGGAUUAAUGUCAAAAUUGGCGACUUGAUAAAUCAUGAGCAUCACUUAGGCAAAAGAGCUUUGCCUGUGUGUUCUCCCACUUAACUCUGAUAUGAAGCUUCAAAUUCAUUACCCU